GCGGUGGAGAGAAAUAAUGGAGCAUUCUCUGUGUCCUUAAGUUGACUUCUGUCAAUGGUAGCAUCCUGUAGGACUCUAAUGUAAUAUCAGGACCAAGGUGCGCGUAUUGAUAGUUAAGACACUGAUCCUUUCUGUCACCACACAGAUCCCUCGUGUCGCCCUUGGAUGAACACAUCACUGUUUCCCCUAUACUUUUCCCCCUGUUCCUUCCAAACCCCUUUAACCACUCAUCUGUUCUUCAUUUCUAUGAUCUAAAAAUGUGUUCGUGUGCACGACCAGAUGAAAUGGUGCAUGUAAAGUACCGAGCGCAGUGCCUCGCCCUUGCUCCCAAAUAAAGCAUGUGUGAGUCAAGGUGGGAUGGAGAGCCAUGCUCUGCGCUGCCAUCUGGGAUCGAGCCUCAAGGGUGCCCCAGGCAGAUGAUUUUUCACGGUCCAUCAUAAUGUGGAAUAGAUAUUUCACCUCUUGCCUCCUGCUUUUGCUGCCUUAUAUUAGCCCAGUGGUACAUGGACAAAGAAGGAAAGGAUCAAAGCCAAACUCACUUGCAAGGAAAACUGACUUCCAGGACUCCAUUUGCUUCAUAGAUGUUGUCUUCAUUGUGGACAGCUCUGAAAGUUCCAAAAUUCUUCUGUAUGAUAAGCAGAAAGAUUUUGUGGAUCGCCUGAGUGACAAAAUUUUCCAGUUGAUCCCAGGUCGCUCCUUGAAAUAUGACAUCAAAUUGGCAGCCCUUCAGUUUAGCAGCUCUGUCCAGAUUGAUCCACCUUUUUCUGCUUGGAAAGACCUGCAGACGUUUAAGCAGAGGGUCAAGUCCAUGAAUUUAAUUGGGCAAGGUACCUUCUCUUAUUAUGCCAUCUCUAAUGCCACCAGGCUACUUAAGCGAGAAGGGCGUAAAGAUGGUGUGAAAGUAGUUUUGCUGAUGACAGAUGGCAUUGAUCAUCCCAAGAACCCAGAUGCUCAAAGUAUAUCUGAAGAUGCUAGAAUUUCAGGAGUAUCAUUCAUCACGAUCGGACUUUCCACGGUAGUCAACGAAGCUAAACUUCGUUUGAUAGCUGGGGAUUCACCCAGUGAACCCAUCCUACUCCUGAGUGAUCCAACCCUUGUAGAUAAAAUUCGGGAUCGCCUGGAUAUCUUGUUUGAAAAGAAGUGUGAACGCAAGAUUUGUGAAUGUGUGAAGGGAGAUCCAGGUGAUCCAGGGCCUCCUGGUACACACGGAAACCCAGGUAUUAAAGGUGAACGAGGACCAAAAGGAAACCAGGGUGACACUCAAAAAGGAGAACCUGGAGAAAGAGGUCCUGGGGGACUUCCUGGGUACAAGGGCGACAAGGGCGAACAAGGAGAAUGUGGUAAACCAGGAAUAAAAGGUGACAAAGGAGCUCCAGGGCCAGAUGGACCAAAGGGGCCCAGAGGACUUCAGGGCAUUAGUGGACCUCCAGGGGAUCCGGGCCCAAAAGGAUUUCAAGGCAAUAAGGGUGAUCCAGGUCCUCCUGGUCCUUAUGGCCCUCCAGGAACCCCUGGCAUUGGACAGCAAGGUAUUAAGGGAGAGAGAGGCCAAGAAGGAAGAACAGGAGCUCCAGGACCAACUGGAGUUGGGCAGCCUGGACAGACAGGUCCCCGUGGUCCUGAGGGAGCACCAGGAGAGAGGGGCUUACCCGGAGAAGGAGUUCCGGGGCCCAAGGGUGAGAAGGGUUCUGAAGGACCAAUUGGCCCCCAAGGACUACAAGGCCUAUCAAUCAAAGGGGACAAGGGAGAUUUGGGACCUGUGGGACCCCAAGGGCCAGCAGGCGUCCCUGGCAUUGGUAGUCAAGGGGAGCAGGGAAUCCAAGGUCCUGUUGGUCCACCUGGUCCCCAGGGGCCUCCAGGACAAGGUUUGCCUGGUCCCAAGGGAGAAGUGGGGCAGAUGGGACCUGCAGGUCCUAGAGGACCAGUGGGAAUUGGAACACAGGGUCCAAAGGGGGAGCCAGGCUCAAUAGGGCUCCCAGGACAACCAGGAGUGCCGGGAGAAGAUGGAGCCUCAGGGAAGAAGGGAGAGGCGGGGUUUCCGGGAGCCAGAGGCCCAGAGGGACCACCUGGGAGAGGACAGCCCGGCCCCAAGGGGGAUGAAGGAAAAAAAGGGAGUAAAGGAAAUCAAGGACAGAGGGGAUUUCCAGGGCCUGAAGGGCCAAAGGGAGAGCCGGGCAUUAUGGGCCCUUUUGGAAUGCCUGGAGCAGCAAUUCCUGGACCACCUGGGCCAAAGGGAGACAGAGGAGGACCUGGGAUGCCUGGAUUUAAAGGAGAACCUGGGCUUUCUAUUCGAGGACCCAAGGGUACCCAAGGACCUCAGGGACCAGUGGGUGCCCCUGGACUCAAAGGCGAUGGCUAUCCUGGUGUGGCCGGACCUCGAGGAUUGCCAGGACCACCUGGGCCCAUGGGUUUACGUGGAGUUGGAGACACUGGAGCAAAGGGAGAGCCUGGUGCCAGAGGCCCUCCAGGUCCCUCUGGGCCUCGGGGCAUAGGAAUCCAAGGGCCAAAGGGUGAUAUUGGACAGAAGGGCUUGCCUGGCCCUCCUGGGCCACCGGGCUAUGGAUCCCAAGGAAUCAAAGGGGAGCAAGGACCUCAGGGAUUUCCAGGGCCAAAAGGAACCAUGGGCCAUGGACUUCCAGGCCAAAAGGGAGAGCAUGGAGAACAGGGCGAUGUGGGAAAGAAAGGUGAAAAGGGAGAAAUUGGAGAGCCUGGGUCCCCGGGAAAACAGGGUUUACAAGGACCAAAAGGAGAUCUGGGUCUUACAAAAGAAGAAAUUAUCAAACUUAUUUUUGAAAUAUGUGGUUGUGGACCCAAAUGCAAAGAGACACCGCUGGAGUUGGUGUUUGUGAUUGAUAGUUCAGAAAGUGUGGGGCCAGAGAACUUCCAGAUCAUCCAAAAUUUUGUGAAGACUCUGGCUGACCGAGUUGCCCUGGACCUUGCCACAGCCCGCAUAGGCAUAAUCAAUUACAGCCAUAAGGUGGAGAUGGUGGCUGAUCUGAAGCAGUUCUCCAGCAAGGAUGACUUCAAGCUCGCUGUGGACACCAUGCAGUAUCUGGGGGAAGGCACCUAUACAGCCACGGCUCUUCAGGCAGCCAAUGACAUGUUCAAGGACGCGAGGCCAGGUGUAAAGAAGGUGGCCUUGGUUAUCACCGAUGGACAGACGGAUUCCCGAGAUCAGAAGAAACUAACAGAAGUGGUGCAAGAUGCUAAUGACGCUAACGUGGAGAGAUUUGUGAUUGGGGUGGUGAAGAAAAAUGACCCCCAUUUUGAAAUAUUCCACAAAGAAAUGAGGGUAAUUGCUACUGACCCAGAGCAUGUGUACCAGUUCGACGAUUUCUUCACCCUGCAAGACACCCUGAAGCAAAAGUUGUCUACAAAAAUUUGUGAGGAUUUCGAGUCCUACCUUGUUCAAGUUUUUGGUACAGCCUCACUUCGACCUGGGCUUGGGGUGUUGGGGGCAGAACUCAACGAAUCCACUCCAGAGCCCACAAAAGAAGUUUCGGAGCCAUUCAGUGUCCUUGCAGGCCAGGAUGAAGGAAAUGAGCCCUCCGAGCCUCUCUGGACUGAAGGCUUGGCCACCACUGCCUCCUCCAAGGUUGACACCACUCUUGGGCCAACCCAUAGCACCUCUGUGGACAUGAGAACCAGGACUCCCAUUCCUGUUUGGACAUCAGAGGUGGAAAAUUUGCUGCACAAAGAUCAGAGGUGUUUGGAACCCUUGAAGCCCGGGAACUGCGGUGACUACGUGGUUCGAUGGUAUUACGACAAACAGGUCAAUUCCUGUGCCCGCUUUUGGUUCAGUGGCUGUAACGGCUCAGGGAAUCGCUUCAACAGUGAAAAGGAAUGUCAAGAUGUCUGCAUUAAAGCAUGACCAAGUAGACUUACCUGUCUUGAUCAAAAGUCCAGAAAGAACACAGUACAAAUGAAGCAGCAUGUUGGGGUAGUUACUAAGUAUUUAUAAUUUACAGGUGUUAUUCAAACUUCAUGCCCAUCCUAGGAUAUAGAUAAACUUACUGCUUACAUAGAUUAGAAAGCUAAGAAUCUGAUAAUUUUAGUAGCUUAUCAACUAUCACCCAACUGAAAGGUGGUAGAGCUGAGGAUUUGGACUGAGGCGUGUUUAACUUCAGUAACAGCUCUGUUCCACAAUGUGUGGUAUGAUUCUGAUGCCUGUUACUUCCUGUUAUUCAUAUCAUAUUGGGUCAUAUCCCACCCUGCACCGGCCCCCAUUCCCCUACUUGCACCCGGUCAGUAGCAUAUGGUGGAGGAAGACUUAGGUUUAAAACUCGAAGGGCCACGUAUAUGCAUGAGUGCUGAGUUAGGGGUGGGGAUAGUGAGGGUAGAUUUUUGCCACAGUUGCCCUAAAAGCGAUAGUAGAGAGAAACCAAGCUGAAUCACUUAAGCCAAAUGCAUUUUACACUGCCCCUUCCCUCUCUGCCAGUAUGGUUGGUAACAAAACCAUUCCUGUGAUUAAACUUUAUAUUUAAAUAAAACAACUUUUUAUGUCCAUACUUCAAAAUAUGUGAGUGGGACUUCUCAGUUUGCUGGAGAUAGAAUUAGAAGCCUAUUGUCAGCCAAGAGCCGUAGAAACCCCACAUCCACUCUUGAGCGAGGUAUUGUAAAGAUAGGACUGACGCUGGAAAGUGAGCUUCCGAAUGGAAAAGAGUAAUGGAAGUCACGGAGGACUGGGGCUGUCGUUUUAUAAUAAUUUUGUGAUAUCAGCUGAGCUCAGACAGCAUUUGUAUAGAUCAACUCACAACACACUUUCUCCUUCCAGGCUUGUGGCCUCAUACAAGGUCACCUCUUUAAAGAAGUGUUUAUGGAAUAGCAAUCUUGGCAAAAAUAAUACUGUAAUUUUAUGUUGAAACUAAAUUUUUUAAUGUAAUAUUUAACAUGACAAAAGAAUGCAUGCAACAUGAUUGUAUUUUAGAAACGUGAGAAUGAGAAACGCCAGUGAACGCAUCACCUAGAGAACGAAACAAACAUUACUGAUUCGAUCCCAGCUCCUGUGUGGCCUCUUCCACCACGACCCCUGCUCCAGGCCAGCGACGUUCCAGCCUGCACUCUGUUGGUCUGGGUUCUUACGUGUAAAACUACGUUUCAUUCCUGUGGAUCACUAAACAGUAGAUGUUUAGUGUUGUUUAUUUUAGAGCUCUGUAAAAAUGGUGCUUUACUGAAGUAUUCUGCAACUUGCUGUUUUCAUCCAAUAACAUAAAUAAACCAUGUGUUUUCCCACAUG